AUGUAUAUGUCCACCUCCAUUACCAGUUAUCAUAAUGGGAAUAAUAUCCACUUAGUUUUGGCUGGCUUUGUUAUGAUUGUCGUCAUAGGCAAAGCGUCAUCGGUCGUUUUGCAGAGAGAUUUUGCAACCGAAGAUGUUUUAAUGGCAACUGUAUCAAAAGUUCAAUGUACAAAAUGUGUGAAAAAUAGCGCUAUAACCGCGUGUGAAGGUUGUUCCUCAAAACUGUGCAGACGGUGCUUCAAUGAUCAUCGUCAAGAUUUGUCGAAAGAACUCGAUAAUGUUGUUUACGAACACGAUAUGCUCAAAGAGCCGCUCGAAACGCCAAAUGAAAAUGAUUCUCAUCGUCUGUUAAAACAAAUUGAUCAAUGGAAGAAAGACUCAAUCGAUAAAGUUAAUCAGCUUGCUGAUCAAUGUCGGACUGACGUUGUCAAAUUGCUAGAUAAAAACAAGGCCGAGCUUAUUGAUAGAUUUCGCAAGAUGACGAGUAGAGUUCGUAAAGGUCAAGAUGAUGAAGAUUAUGAUGAACGAGAUCUCAGCAAAUGGAUGGCCGCUUUAAAAGAACUAAAAGAUGAACUUAUCAAACCAUCGAACUUCUUUGUUGAAGAGGAUAAACAACAACCUUCUUGGAUUCAAAAGAUCAGAGUAUGCGAAAAUGUCCCCGAACAAGCACAGCUGAAAGAUGAUGCAAUUCGCACGUCUACAAAAACAUCAUUAAUACCAUCAUAUUUGUGGACUCCAGUCGCUAGCAUGUCAUCAGUACGUUCUGCACACACUGCAACUUUAUUAUUAUCCGGGAAAGUAUUAGUAACAGGUGGUUGGGAUUCGAAUUGUUUGUCGAGUUGCGAAGUGUAUGAUCCCCCAUCGAAUACGUGGCCUCCAAUCGCCAGCAUGUCAUCAGCACAUCAAUGUCACACUGCAACUUUAUUAUCAUCCGGGAAAGUAUUAGUAACAGGGGGUAAUGGUACAGCUGGGAAUUCUUUGUCGAAUUGCGAAGUGUAUGAUCCCCCAUCGAAUACGUGGACUCCAAUCGCCAGCAUGUCAUCAGCACGUCAAUGUCACACUGCAACUUUAUUAUCAUCCGGGAAAGUAUUAGUAACAGGUGGUUAUAGUACAGGUGGUUAUAGUACAGCUGGGAAUUCUUUGUCGAAUUGCGAAGUGUAUGAUCCCCCAUCGAAUACGUGGACUCCAGUCGCCAGCAUGUCAUCAGCACGUUGUCAACACACUGCAACUUUAUUAUCAUCCGGGAAAGUAUUAGUAACAGGUGGUUAUAGUACAGGUGGUUAUAGUACAGCUGGGAAUUCUUUGUCGAAUUGCGAAGUGUAUGAUCCCCCAUCGAAUACGUGGACUCCAGUCGCCAGCAUGUCAUCAGCACGUUGUCAACACACUGCAACUUUAUUAUCAUCCGGGAAAGUAUUAGUAACAGGUGGUAAUGUAAAUAAGAAUUGUUUGUCGAGUUGCGAAGUGUAUGAUCCCCCAUCGAAUACGUGGACUCCAGUCGCCAGCAUGUCAUCAGCACGUUAUUCACACACUGCAACUUUAUUAUCAUUCGGAAAAGUAUUAGUAACAGGUGGUUAUAUAGAUGGGAAUUCUUCGUCGAGUUGCGAAGUGUAUGAUCCCUUAUCGAAUGAAUACGAUCGUUUUCUAAUCAGCUCCUUGUCAGGAGCACAAAUGCGCUAG